UUGGCAUGUUGUCUGUUCGAGAGUUAAACAGUUUAAUUUUGACUGCGAAUUUAGGCAUGAAAAUUUACAUAUUUGAAUAUUACGUGAAAAGUACUAUAAGUCACAAUGGUCGACGAUUCAAGAUAUUUUAGAGAUAUAUGAAAAAAUUACAUAAAAAAAAAAACUUGUUUGAAUCUCAAAAUCUGAGAGGUUUCACGUAAAUUUAGAUGGACGGAAUGAUAUUUCUAGUUGGCAUUUCAUCCCUUCUAGUGGUUGAGGACUUGAGGUUCACCUAUUUGAUCGUUGUGUAUACUCUAAGCUUUAAAUUUUAUUGGUAUUAUUAUUAUUAUUAUUAUUAUUAUUCUCUGUUUCUAACUUUUGGUAUAUUCACCUUUACUCUCUUGUUCUCCUCUGUGUUACUUUUUUUUUGGCUUGAAAUCCAGUAGGGUCUUGUUUCAUAAUUAUGUAUUUGAGCAGUUGCUUUGUGGGGUAAUAGCUUUUUAGUCCAUCUUAUCUUCAAACAUUAAUUAAUGUUGUGUUUUCUUGUUGCAGAAUCUUUAAUUACCUAUUCUGAGCAAAAAGAUCGGUUCUUUACAAUUAGGGUGUCAAUUUUCUUGAGUUAAACCCCUGAAAUAGUAGUUAUUAGGACCUUUUUGGCCUACUAAAAUCUCUUCUUUAUUGUUGAUUUUUUUCGGGUCUAUCAUUCAUCCCGCUCCUAAGGUUCUAAGGAAGCUACUCUUCGUGUUUGUUAAUUGAUCUGCUUUUGCCCUCUUCACGAACUUGCAUAAUUGAUCAUUCUUUUCGCUGUAAUGCCUCCAAAUUACUUACCUCUUCGGUGGGAGAGUACUGGGGACCAAUGGUGGUAUGCUUCCCCAAUUGACUGGGCAGCUGCAAAUGGUCACUAUGAUUUGGUGCAUGAGCUUCUUCGCUUAGAUGGCAACCAUCUUAUCAAGCUCACUUCACUACGUAGGAUCAGACGGCUCGAGUCUGUUUGGGAUGAUGAAGAACAAUUUGAUGACGUGGCUAGAUGCCGGUCACAAGUAGCAAGGAAGUUGCUACUUGAAUGUGAAACAACCAAGAGGGGGAAAAAUUCGCUACUUAGAGCUGGCUAUGGUGGAUGGCUUUUAUAUACUGCUGCCUCUGCCGGAGACACGGAUUUUGUUCGAGAGUUGCUCGAAAAAGACCCCCUUUUGGUGUUUGGAGAAGGGGAGUAUGGUGUCACUGACAUAUUAUAUGCUGCAGCUAGGAGUAAAAAUUGCGACGUGUUUAAGGUUGUGUUUGAUUUUGCUGUAUCUCCGAGGUUUAUAGCGCGCGGUGAUAGGGGAUUGGAGGAACAGAUUGGGGAGAUUCCAUCUGCUUAUAAGUGGGAGAUGAUGAAUAGAGCUAUUCAUGCAGCUGCUAGAGGAGGCAAUUUGGAGAUACUGAAGGAGCUUCUUGCUGACUGCUCGGAUGAUAUAUUGGCUUACCGAGACAUUCAGGGUGCAACUCUCUUACAUACGGCUGCUGGCAAAGGCCAGAUUGAGGUUGUCAAAUAUCUUUUGAAAAGUUCUGAUAUUAUCAGCUCCAUAGACAACCAAGGCAACACUGCACUACACGUGGCUGCUUCGAGGGGCCAAUUAGCUGUUGUUGAAGCUCUCAUUGUUGCUUCACCUUCAUCGGUCUAUUCAAAAAACAAUGCCGGAGAAACAUUUUUUCAUGUUGCCAUAUCUGGUUUCCAAACUCCUUAUUUCCGCAGAUUGGACCAUCAAAUCGAUCUCAUGAAGCAAUUGGUUUGUGGAAAAAAUUUCGACAUCGAAGAAAUCAUUAACGCUGAAAACAAUGACGGUAGAACUGCUCUUCAUUUAGCUGUCAUUGGAAAUAUUCAUUCUGAACUUGUGGAAUUACUUAUGACUGUCCGGUCUAUUAAUGUCAAUACUCGUGAUGGGGAUGGAAUGACACCACUCGAUAUUUUAAGGCAGCGACCACGCUCUGCUUCAUCAGAACUACUUGCAAAACAUUUGAUCUCUGCAGGGGGAAUUUUUAGUCAUCACGAUUAUUCUGCAAGGAGAGUUGUUGCAUCCCAUUUAAAGAUGCAAAAUAUAAAUAGCAGUCCAGGAACUUCUUUUAGAAUCUCUGAUACCGAAAUAUUCUUAUACACGGGCAUUGAGCAUUCAUCAGAUGGCAAUAGAAACGCUGAGCGGACUCGUCACUACGCGAGUCCUGAUAGCUGUUGUUCUAGAAAUGGCAAGAAAUCUGGUUCUGCAAAUGAUGCAGCAGAAAAGCUGAAACGCUUCUUCCAUUGGCCAAAAAUUAAGAAAAGAGAUGGUAAGAGUCUCGAGAUAUUGGCGGAUCAAAGUUCUGCGAGUAAUGCUGAUGCGGCACCGGUCCCUCUUCGAGAAAGGUACUCCAAGCCCUCAUCAAUCCCAAGCCACAAACGGGCGCUCUCUGUUAGUAGUAACCUUCCAAGUCCAACGGCAAAGAAGAAAUUCGCUUCAGGGCUAGUAAACGGUGUCAUGCAGGCCAUACCACAUCUUAGCCUCCCUCGUAGGUCGUCUCGUGCUAGUUCAUUCUCGAUUUCAUCAUUGUCUUCACGCAGUUCUUUGGACAAACAAAAAGCAAUCGUGAUUGAGACCGAGCUUGCUGGACCUUCUUGUUCUUAUCAGGCAGAGGGUGCACCAUCAGACUCGAGAUACAAACAAAGAGUGGGACAUAAAAGGUCGGUAAACCAAUAUCUGUGUUUUGGUGCUUCAGGACGACCUGUCAAGGCCUCUUCAAGUGGGAUGCAGCCAUAUGAAAUUUAUGAGCGGUCCGUUCUAGCCACAUCUUAAAAAUCUGAAUAAGUACCUAGGGGCUCAGAUAUAUGCAUGGAUUUCAUUAAUUUUGAAGGUUAGUGAGUUCUUUUCCUGAUAAUUUUCAGUCGACGCAUUCAGAUGUGCUCAUAUAGCUCAAGAGCUAUUAACAUAUUUCUCUGAAUUAGUCUUUUUAAUCGAGAAGAAAAAAUGUAAAUAUGCAUUAUGUUUGUAGCUGUAACUAAAUGACUUUGUUUAUGUAGCUCUUUAGUUGAAUGUAAUAAGGAACUUCCUACAACUGGGUGAGCAAA